ACGCGCGACCCUCGGGGGCCCGGGCGCGGCGCCCCUUUGUCCGGGGGGGGGGCCUCGCUUCAUGCCGCCACUUUCCGCGCGCCGCGCGCCUGGCCGCGCCGAGCAGGGCUGUUUCUAGACCCGAGGUGCCCACCCCGGCCCCAGCACCCACUGUUGCUGCCGGAGGAUGAGCCAGCCACAGAGGAUGGCGCCCGUGGGCACGGACAAGGAACUCAGUGACCUCCUGGACUUCAGCAUGAUGUUCCCGCUGCCGGUGGCCAAUGGAAAGGGCCGGCCCACCUCUCUGGCCGGUGCGCAGUUUGGAGGUUCAGGUCUUGAGGACCGGCCCAGCCCCGGCUCCUGGGGCACCAGUGACCAGAACAAUUCCUCCUUCGACCCCAGCCGGACCUACAGCGAAGGCGCCCACUUCAGCGAGUCCCACGGCAGCCUCUCUUCGUCCACAUUCCUGGGACCCGGGCUUGGAGGCAAGGGCGGUGAGCGGAGCGCGUACGCCCCCUUCGGGAGAGACUCAGGUGUUGGCGGCUUGACUCAGGCUGGCUUCCUGCCAGGUGAGCUGGCUCUCGGCAGCCCCGGGCCGCUGUCCCCAUCAGGCCUCAAGGGCAGCUCCCAGUUCUACUCCUACCCUGGCAACCCCCGGCGGAGAGCUGCGGACAGCAGCCUGGCAGACACGCAGCCCAAGAAGGUCCGAAAGGUCCCACCGGGUCUUCCAUCCUCGGUGUACCCACCCAGCUCAGGUGACGACUAUGGCAGGGACACCACCGCCUACCCAUCUGCCAAGACCCCCGGCAGCGCCUACCCCAGCCCCUUCUACAUGGCAGAUGGCAGCCUGCACCCCUCCACUGAGCUCUGGAGCCCCGCAGGCCAGGCGGGCUUUGGGCCCAUGCUGGGCGGGGGCUCGUCCCCCUUGCCCCUCCCCGCAAGCGGCAGCAGCUCUGUGGGCAGCAGCAGCAGCAGUGGUGGCGCAUUCGGUGGCCUGCACCAGCACGAGCGCAUGGGCUACCAGCUGCAUGGGGCGGAGGUGAACGGGGGGCUCCCGGCCGUGUCCACCUUCUCCUCAGCCCCCGGAGUCGCGUACGGCAGUGUCUCCAGCCACACGCCGCCCGUCAGCGGGGCCGACAGCCUGAUGGUCUCUCGAGGGACCACAGCCGGCAGCUCCGGGGACGCCCUUGGGAAGGCACUGGCCUCGAUCUACUCCCCAGAUCACUCAAGCAAUAACUUCUCCUCCAGCCCCUCCUCCCCUGUGGGCUCCCCACAGGGUCUGGCAGGGACGUCGCAGUGGCCCCGCGCAGGAGCCCCCGGUGCCUUAUCCCCCAGCUACGACGGGGGUCUCCACGGCCUGCAGAACAAAAUGGAGGACCACCUGGACGAAGCGAUCCAUGUGCUCCGCAGCCACGCCGUGGGCACGGCCGGCGACAUGCAUGGACUGCUGCCUGGCCAUGGGGCGUUGGCCUCGGGCUUUGCCGGCUCCAUGCCGCUCGGUGGGCGGCACGUCGGCCUGGUCGGAGGCAGCCACUCAGAGGACAGCCUCGCGGGCAGCACCAGCCUCCUGCACAACCACGCGGCACUGCCCAGCCAGCCGGGUGCCCUCCCCGACCUCUCUCGGCCGCCCGACUCCUAUAGCGGGCUCGGGCGUGCAGGCGCAGCAGCUAGUGCCGGCGAGAUCAAGCGGGAGGAGAAGGAGGAUGAGGAGAACACGUCGGUGGCUGACAACUCGGAGGAGGACAAGAAGGAGCUGAAGGCCCCCCGGACGAGGACCAGCCCAGACGAGGACGAGGACGACCUUCUCCCCCCAGAGCAGAAGGCCGAGCGGGAGAAGGAGCGCCGGGUGGCCAAUAAUGCCCGGGAGCGGCUGCGGGUGCGCGACAUCAAUGAGGCGUUUAAGGAGCUGGGGCGCAUGUGCCAGCUGCACCUCAACAGUGAGAAGCCCCAGACCAAACUGCUCAUCCUGCACCAGGCCGUGUCGGUCAUCCUGAACUUGGAGCAGCAAGUGCGAGAGCGUAACCUGAACCCGAAAGCUGCCUGUCUGAAGCGGCGAGAAGAGGAGAAGGUGUCCGGUGUGGUUGGAGACCCCCAGAUGGUGCUUUCUGCUGCUCACCCUGGCCUGAGCGAGGCCCACAAUCCCUCCGGGCACAUGUGAAAGGUACGCCGUCGUGGGACAAGUGACCCGGCCUGGCCCUGCGUCCUAGGCUGAGGUCUGACCCAGAACAGUCAAUGCCAGGCGUUGGGUGUUCAGCCGCUCGGUGGGCUGGAUGGGUGGCGCCUCACACCAUCGCCAGCAUUGAGCCAACACCUGAUCCACCGAGGUUCCAAAUGACGGAGCUGGGCAGGCGAUACCAUGUGGGGGAUCUGCCCGGCUCCCUGGCCCACCCCCCACUGGCCUCGACCCCCUGCCCCAAGUGUCAACCGCUGUGGCACCUGUGACAUGCCCCCUGGACCCCGAGCUGUGUCUGGGCCCCAUUGCCUGGGUCGAAAGGAGCAUUUUGGGGUGGGGGGGAACAAAACCGAAAGCGAGCAACAAAAUAUACACUUUGUCAAAAAGGAAAGAAAAUGCCUUAACUCUAAAACGAGAACCGAAACAUAUCACUUGAGGGAGAUGCUGUGCAAACGCGGCUUGUUCAGAAGCCGCCAGCAAAUCGUGCCUAAGCCUAUUUUUUUUUAAGGAAAAUAAAAAGAACAUUAGUUAUGAGAUUUUUUUUUUUCCUUAAUGUAGAAGAAAACUAGUAAGGAUGGUCUUGGUCUAUCUUUUUUGUUUUUUUUUAAAGCUUUUUUGGCAUAUGUUUUGUAAGCAACAAAUUUUUUUGUAUAAAAGUCUCGUGUCUCUUGCUAUUUCUGCUGCUGUUUCUAGAACUGAGUUUUGCAUUUCAUGAUCAAUCAGAUUAUUAAAAGUUGCAUUAAAAAGACCCAAUGUAAACCUGAGGUGCCCGUACCCCCUCCACUCCCGAAGCCACUGCACACAGACGGCACAGGGACGGGCAGGCGUGUAGUCACCUGUUGUGUUCCUUGGGUGUUGGGGUUUCUUGGUGUUGCGGAGAGUGAAGCGGAUGGGCCUGGCCCUGGUGGGGGGCCUCCUGGGGCUGUCCCGGCCGUCCUCUGCCCCACUCAGGGAGGGGACAGGCCCCCGCCGUUCCUGGCCUUGUGGGGAAGGGACUUCUGCAGGGAAGGGGACGUUCCUCCCAGGUGAAGCUGCUCCCCAAGGCACCUGCCCCCCUCCUCACCAGCUGCCUUCCCUGGGACGCUGCACACCUCUUCAAAAGGGGGCAUUUUAUUGGGACCAACGAUCCCUGAUGCAUGCUAGGGGCCUCCCCAGACACCCCACCCUUCAUUCCUUCCGCCCAGGGACCCAAGCCCAUUUUCUGGGCUCUGGCAGGGGGGUUGUGGCUCGAGGGCCAGCACAGAACACACCCCACCCCAGGGAGCACUCCUGGGCCCCGGGGCCACACCUGCUGCCCUUCCAUGCAGGGCCUGGGGCCGGGAAUCGCUGGAACAGCAAGGAGGGCCAGGGUGGACCCCAUAAAGGCCCCCAGGCCUCCCAUUUGUCCUAACUGCAAAACCAAGAGCUCAGCCACCCCUGGGGCCAUCUGUGCUGUGUUCCCAGCACCCAGAUCUCUCUCCAAACCCCCUUUUGUGGUCUCAUGUUGUGAGGAGAGCAGACUUGUCCCAGGGCCACCAGGGUGGUUGGUCACUGUGUCACCCAGGUGUGGGGUCAGGUCUGCCGGGUGCCUUCAUUUUCCUUCCCCCCACAUAGAGGCCUUAGGGACCCCAGGCUGGCUGUGUUCACCCAACAGCACCUCAGACAUCUGCCCCCAGGAGAGCCAGGGCUGUCUGACUUCCCCUCCCCACCUGAGGCCCAACAGGAGGUUCAAGGCGAGCCCCAAGGCCAGCUUGAGGUGGGGCAAUCCACAGCCUAGGGGCUGCCCCCUGACCUCCGGUGUCCCGUGGGGUCUGCCAAGGACAGUGGGCACAGGACAGAGCUGUCUGGUCUGGGGGCCAAUUCGCCUUCUGUGGACACUUCCCCCUGGUCCGUGUGGGUUUUGUCUCUUAGGGAACCUGCCUUUGUUUCCCUCUUUGCUCUGGUCCUGUCCAUACAUCCAGACAGGCAGCAGCCGAGAAGCUGCCAUGAACCCCCAAGGCCCCAUAGACUCUGGAACUGUGUAUUAUAUACAUAAUUUAAGUUAUAUAUAUGUAAUAAGAUUAACCUAGCAUGAGAAGGAAGAGAAUGCGUAGCAGGUGAGCAGGGGGAAGAACUGCAGUUGCUGGGGGAAAUUGUGCUCUGAGUGCCUCAAGAUAACUGGUUUUCAAAACAAAGUUUUGUGUUUUUUUGUUUUUGUUUUUUUUUUAAGAAAAAUAAUUUUGUACGUGUCAACACAGCUGGCUGGAUUAUUUGGGAUUUUUAAACGAUCCUUUCUGAAGUCGAUUUGGAGACCUGUAUAUAACAGCAGUGUAGCAAUAAAUGUGACAUUUUAUAACCAUA